UAUAUUUAAUAUACAGAGACUUGAAUUUUGAGGCAUCUGCAGGCAGCUAGUACUACCCUGCCCCUGCUAGCUAUUUUGUAACAAGCAGAUCAAAUUAAUUGCUUGAUAUCAAGAAACAUGGCAAUCACCGGUGUUCAUGGAUGGGGAGACAUCAAGAGUCUCAGCGUCCAAGUGAUCACCGGUCGAUGGUUCGUCGUAUUCGCCUCUUUUCUAAUCAUGGCAGCCGCCGGAGCAACCUACAUGUUCGGUCUCUAUUCCAGCGACAUCAAAACCACCCUCGGUUACGACCAAUCCACUCUCGACCUCCUCAGUUUCUUCAAGGACUUGGGUAGCAAUGUUGGCAUCCUCUCAGGUCUAAUCAACGAGCUCACUCCGCCCUGGGUGGUUCUAGCCAUUGGUGCCAUCCUUAACUUCUUUGGCUACUUCAUGAUUUGGCUUUCCGUCACUAAAAAAAUAGCCAAACCCAAAGUGUGGCAGAUGUGUCUCUACAUCUGCAUAGGUGCUAAUUCUCAGUCCUUCGCCAACACAGGUUCUCUUGUCACGUGUGUCAAGAACUUUCCAGAAAGCCGUGGGGCUGUGUUGGGAAUCCUUAAAGGCUACGUGGGUCUUAGCGGUGCAAUCAUCACGCAACUCUACCAUGCUAUUUACUAUGACGACACCAGGUCUUUGAUUUUGCUCAUUGGGUGGCUCCCAGCUGCUAUUUCCUUUGCUUUCCUUCGAACCAUUCGCUACAUGAAGCCCGUUAGGAAGCCUAACGAGCUCAAGGUUUUCUACAACUUUCUCUAUGUUUCUCUUGGCCUUGCUGGGUUUCUUAUGGUCAUGAUCAUUGUAGAGAACAAAGUCAACUUCACUCAGAGUGAGUUUGGUGUCAGCGCUGCUAUUAUGCUCUUCUUGCUCUUCCUCCCACUUACUAUUGUUUCUAUAGAAGAAUAUAAGGUCUGGCAGGGUAAAAGACUCGCUUUGGUUGACCCCUCCCCAGUGAAAGUAGUAACCGAUCAGGGUGAAAAGGUGAAACCGAAUGAGACUAUUAAUGGUAGCAACAAUAAUUCAGUUUCUUCCAAUGACACCAAGUGGUGGGAAAAUGUCUUUAGUCCACCGGCAAGAGGUGAGGACUAUACAAUACUUCAGGCGCUGUUCAGCGUCGACAUGCUAAUACUUUUCAUGACUUGCAUAUGUGGUGUUGGGGGCACGUUGACCGCCAUAGAUAAUCUUGGUCAGAUAGGAACCUCGCUUAGAUACCCAAAGAAAACUAGAAGCACUUUCGUGUCCCUAGUAAGCAUUUGGAAUUAUCUGGGAAGGGUUUUCUCUGGGUUUGUGUCUGAACAUUUUCUACAAAAGUACAAGUUCCCUCGUCCUCUUAUGCUUACUUUGACUCUGCUCUUAUCAUGUGUUGGUCACCUUCUGAUUGCCUUUGAUGUGCCAAAUGGCCUUUACGUGGCUUCGGUGAUUAUUGGGUUUUGUUUUGGUGCUCAGUGGCCUUUACUUUUUGCCAUCAUAUCCGAGCUUUUUGGACUUAAAUAUUAUGCAACUUUGUACAAUUUUGGAAGCGUAGCAAGUCCACUAGGACUAUAUGUGCUUAAUGUGAAGAUGACUGGGUAUCUGUACGACAAAGAAGCCAAGAAGCAACUUGCAGCGUCGGGGCUUACAAGAGAGGAAGGGCAUGAAUUGAAUUGUGUUGGGGUCAAUUGCUUCAAGUUAUCUUUCAUUAUUAUCACAGCUGCAACUUUCUUUGGUGCCAUUGUUUCACUCAUUUUGGUGGCUAGGACAAGAACCUUUUACAGAAGUGACAUAUACAAGAGAUACAGGGAUGCAGCCACGGAGGCAGAAACUGAAAUGGCGGAGAAAGAUUCCAAACAUGUGGUGCCAGCUCAGACGUAGGACUAAUGGUAAAAGAUAUACGAUGUUGCUUGAUUAGAUCAAUGUUCAAACGAUAAAUUAAUUAAUUAAUAAUGUAGUCAUACAUGUUGGACAAUAUGUAAUAUUCAACAUUAUAGUUUGCUACAUUUUCUUUUCCCUUAUGUA